GCUCCGAAGUUUCCCCGAGUAAUUCUCGAGUCGACCGGAAGUGGAAGGUUCGGAGGAAGGAGCGAAGAGAAGGAGUCUUGAAAAGUUUCGUCAAGCAUCAGGUCUCGCAGCGGCAAGAACCAGAGUCAGAGUGUAAACUCGUCGCCGGUGCUUAUCUCGUCCGUGUAUCGUGGAUGAAGAAUGGCAUCCCUAGCAAGUGUUCGGUUAUUGGCAAGGAACGCCGGUCUCAGGAACUCGUUCAGUCGGCUGCGUUGUGUGAGCAGCGUGCUCGCACAGGUGCGAUGCGAGCGGAGGUUGUUGCAUCGGACCGCGCUCGUCGUCCCGCAGGUAAAAUGCAAUCGUGGAUACUGUCAAGAAGUUAAAGCUAAAUCAAUUAAGGAUAUCGAAAAGCGCGUAUUGAAGGGCUUAAGGGACACACGCAUCAAGCAGGUGCGCCAGUACAGUCAUAAGGAUCCGCUAACCCUUGACAUUAUCAAUCAGCGGGUGCUCUUGGUUCUGAAACUUUAUGACAAAAUUGAAACCUCAAAGUUGAACUUAGACUCACAUUUCAUGGAUGAUCUGGGUCUGGAUUCCUUGGACCAUGUGGAGAUCAUAAUGGCGAUGGAGGACGAGUUUGGCUUCGAAAUUCCAGACAUGGACGCGGAAAGACUAUUAAGACCUAAGGAUAUAGUGCGCUAUGUCGCGGACAAGGAAGACAUAUAUGAAUAACACGUCUUAUGUUAUUUAUCUCUAUGCGUUUAGUCAACAUCCGCCGUUGUUUCGAUCGGAAAUAACGGAUCAGCAUCUUACUGGCUACCAUUGUUUUUUUCUGUAUAUAGGUCACUCAUUUAUGUGAAUAAAAAAAUAAGCGAAUUGUUAUAUAUCGACUUUCUAUUAUACGAAUGUCCCAAAUAAUUGUAAUAGAAAUUACUUUUGGUAGUGAUCAGUCUUUAUUUUUUGUAUUUAUUAAUGUUGUAUGUAUUUCACUGGUAAAAAUCUUUACUAUUGAAAUUAUGAUUAUGCAUAUAUAAUAAUUAAGGCUUAUGCUGACUCAUUGCAACUUAAAUUAUGUUAGAUGCGAGAUGAUACAUAGUGAAAAUUCUUGUAAAAUACAUUUUUUGUUAAAUGUUA